GCUGCACUCGGGGCUCUCCCAGGGAGCGAAGGCCGGCAGCUCCAGCGGGAUGGAGAGGACUUCCACGCAGGAAAGAUUCACAGGCAGGUAUGGACCUAAGUAAUUCUCAGGAACAGCCCAUGGCUACAGAAGGACAGGAGGUUUUGACAGACUGUAAUCUGAACAAAUCCCAGGAAAUGGAAAGUAUGGAUAAUGCGGAAGAUAUGAAGGAACACAAUCAGUCUAAUGAAGAAGCAGGAGAUGAUGUGGUUAAAGUGAAAGGUGAAUACAGUGAAAGAGAGGAGAGUGCUUUAAAUUCAGAGCCUAUGGAAAACCCAGAAGAAUCUGAAAUGCCUUACACCUAUCCCAGAGAAUAUAAUGAAUAUGAAAGCAUUAAACUGGAAAGACAUUCGGGUUCAUAUGACAACGUCAGGCCAGCUAGUGGAAAAAUGAAUUGUGAUAUCUGUGGAUUAGCCUGCAUUAGCCUCAAUGUCUUGAUGGUUCAUAAGCGUAGCCACACCGGUGAACGGCCAUUCCAGUGUAAUCAGUGCGGAGCUUCCUUUACUCAGAAGGGUAACCUCCUCCGCCACAUUAAACUACAUACAGGGGAAAAACCUUUUAAAUGUCAUCUUUGCAGUUAUGCCUGCCAAAGGAGGGAUGCGCUAACAGGUCACUUAAGGACCCAUUCUGUGGAGAAGCCGUACAAAUGCGAGUUUUGUGGAAGGAGCUACAAGCAAAGGAGCUCGUUGGAGGAGCACAAGGAGCGGUGCCGUACUUACCUGCAGAGUGCUGGCAUGUGCGAGGCUGCAAGCAUGGAGGCAAGGCACAUCAAGGCAGAGAUGGGGAGUGAAAGAGCCCUUGUGCUGGACAGGCUAGCAAGCAACGUGGCAAAGCGAAAAAGCUCAAUGCCUCAGAAAUUUAUUGGUGAGAAACGACACAGUUUUGAUGUUAAUUAUAAUUCCAGUUUCAUGUACGAGAAGGAAAGCGAGAUAAUGCAGGGGCGCAUGAUGGACCAGGCCAUCAACAACGCCAUCACCUACCUCGGGGCUGAAGCCCUGCGCCCUCUCGUGCAGACGCCGCCAGCCCCCACCUCCGAGAUGGUCCCUGUCAUCAGCAGCCUGUACCCCAUAGCCCUGACCCGCGCCGACGCGCCCAACGGCACCGCGCAGGACGCUGAGAAGAGCCACGGCCACCUCAGGGACAAAAGCCUGUCCUCCGACAGAGGCCUCUCCCCCAACAACAGCGGCCAAGACUCCACAGACACUGACAGCAACCACGAGGAGCGGCAGAAUCCCACCUUCCACCAGAGCCAGAUGAUCCCCGCUCCGGCCCGCAACGGCCUCCCGUCCCUGAAGGAUUUCCCGAGGCCGUAUGACAUCAUCAAGCCACCCGCCAUCUGCCCGCGCGACGCCUUUAAGGUCAUCAACAAGGAAGGGGAAGCCAUCGGGGUCUAUCGCUGCGACCACUGCCGCGUCCUCUUUUUGGAUUACGUGAUGUUCACCAUCCACAUGGGCUGCCACGGGUUCCGCGACCCCUUCGAGUGCAACGUCUGCGGGUACAGAAGCCACGACCGAUACGAGUUUUCCUCGCACAUAGCGCGAGGGGAGCACAGAGUAAUACUCAAAUAACAGGACUGGUUUUCCGAGGUCAAGGGCUUUGUUUUAGAUCGGAGGGGAGGCUGGUUCGGUUGGUUUUUUUAAUUAGCGUAAAGAAAUUUCUUGAAUAUUUUUCUAUGCCAGUUUUUAAAUGAGUGUCACAGAGAGGUGACACCUUUUUCAGUUUUUUUUGUUGUUUGUUUUUUUUUUACAAAUAAUUCCGUGUUCUGUAGCAUCUGCGCCUCGCUGCUGCGGUGAGUGGUACUGUAUAAAAUCCCGGGAGCAGAGACCGGUUUUUAUACGAACUUUAUUUUUGUGAAAAUUAAGAGCCAUUUAAGAUGUUUGUAUUUUUUUUUUUAACAUGCAUUUGGUUUGGUGAUGUAUGCUUUAACUCAGCGCAAAAGGUUUGAUGCCCUGCUGCCUGUUUCCCUGCUCGGUCAGAUGUCGAGGCAGAAGUGUAUAGGAGAAGCUUUUUCUUGCUGUUCCAGUCCUGAUGGUCUUCAAGCGGCGAAUCGCCAAAACGGGGAGAAAACGCCUCCGGGAGGGAUUAUUAAUUCCUCUUUAAAGGUUUUCCCCUAAGCCUUAAAGAGCGUGUGGCCUCACCACGCUUUCAUUUUUCUUAGUCCUCUGUUCACUUUCUUUAAAGUCACUCCCACGUGCCUCUUAUUCAGUAAUAGCAAAAUAAGAAAUGAGACCUAUUUUGGGGUUGGGGGUUUUUUAGCAACAGGCAUUUUUGGGACACCCGCUGAGGUCACGGGUUGGCUCAUCCAUGCAGUCUGGGGGAAAUCCUAAUUUUCGCUGCUGGAAAGUCCUUUCUGAUGGAGGCCACGAAUGAGGAUGAAACCGCACGGUGCGUUGUGCCCCCGCUCGGCUCCAGCAGCAGAACGCAUGGUUGCCCUGGCGGGUCGGUGGCCAGCCCCAGCGGGUCCGUGGCCAGCCCCAGCAGGUCCGUGGCCAGCCCCAGCACGCGGCAUCCUUGCGGAUGGCGAAGGCGUGGGGCCGGGAGUCACCCGGGCCUGGCAGCCGACACCGUGAGAAUCUGCGUGCACGAAUGUGUGGGAGCUGACAGCAAAAUCACGCCGUGUCUGGUUUUACGUGGGGAUAUCCCUCGGAGUGAGAUGUGCUGUUUUGCAAAAUGACUAUUUACAAUUACUUUGAAGCUGGUUUUUAAAAUAGUUUCUUUUAAUCUAAUCAUUGCUGUGCAGCUGUAUUGUUAGUCACUGCGCUGAAGAUAGGAAUUUGAUAACAGUUCUGCUGAGUGGAUGUUUAUUCUUUGCAAAGUAUUUUUGUAUCAUGUAGAGUUAGGUGUGUUCCGAUGGGCUCUUUGCAUCCAUUGUAUGGUUUGAUAUCUGCGUUGCUUUUGUACUUUUCCAGUGUUGCCGUGCUGGUGGAGAUCCGUCCGCUUCCGCGAGGGGACGGUGUGGGGCGCAGAGACCCGGGUGGAGUGUUGAGGGUCAAGAAAUACUGGAUUUUAUUCCUCCCUCUGACCUGGGCUCGUUCUUUUGGCUCAAAUACUUUCUCCCUCCUUGAAUUUUAAGGUACAAAAAAGAAAAUUAAAUUCAUUUUUCCCAAUAAGGGUGCGUCUGAAGAAGGAUAAAUGAGUCUGCAGGGUGCUUGAGUGUCUAAAGUGCUGUGGAAGUGCCAGGUCCUAAACCCGGCUUGUCGCUGGGGGUGAGGAGAACUCCUGAGCCAUUUGGGUGAUGUUAACGUGCGUAGUUUGAAACCAGGUUUAGGAUCUUUUCCCAUAACCAGUUUCCCAUCAUGAGGCACAGACAGUGGGCGGGUGGAUGUUGGUUCUUCCCCAAUGAACGCCCGUGUCUGCGGCUCCACCGAGGGCUU